UCUUACACAAAUGAGCUGUAGGGGGCAGCAACGUGCCUCUAUUGCGUUGAGUCCGACGAAUAUCCUCACAGAAGAAGACGCAGCGUCAGGGUUCCAGUCGAGGCGCCAUUUCACUCCUCAUUCAUUGGAGUCGAGGCCUGUAGACUUUCACCGGUUUCACAGAGAGUGUCAGCCAUGGUGAAAAUCUUCAUUGGCAAUCUUGCCUGCGACACCAGUGCAGACGAGCUGCGACGCCUCUUUGAAAAGUAUGGCAAAGUCACGGAAUGUGACAGACUCAAAAACUUUGGCUUUGUGCACAUGAGUAGCUUGUCCGAGGCUGAGACAGCCAUUCGGAACCUCAACCAGCAUCAGCUAAAUGGCUGGCGCAUGAAUGUGGAGCUGAGCAAAGGCAAGCCAAAGUCCAGCACCAAGCUGCAUGUAGGCAACCUAGGAGAAGGGGUUACCACCGACGUUUUGCGGGCCAAGUUUGAAGAGUUCGGCACUGUAGUGGAAUGUGAUGUAGUGAAGGACUAUGCCUUUGUUCACAUGGAACGAAUGGAAGAUGCCAUGGAUGCCAUCAAUAAGAUGGACAACACUGCCUUCAAAGGCAAACUGAUGAGUGUACAACUGUCCACCAGUCGGCUUCGCACUGCCCCGGGAAUGGGAGAUCAUACCGGAUGCUUUGUCUGCGGGAAACAUGGUCACUGGUCAAAAGACUGUCCAGUCGAUCGCAACAAUAGCCACAAUGACGACAUGAGAGGUCACAAUGGCCGGGGCCCUCCACGCGGUCCCCCAGGUUACGGAAUGGCCGGCGGGCCAUCUGAUUACAUGCCUGGCUCUGCGUAUAGCCGGGCAAGUUAUGGCGCUGAGAUGCCGCCCCCUCCCCGGAGGCCUGGUGGCUCUGAGGUGGGGGAUCGGUACGGUGAGAGGUCAUCAAUUUACAACCGUGACCGUGCUUAUGGUAGUGUUGACUACUAUGAGAAAUACAGAGCUCGCCCUUUCGGCUCAAGCUAUUUCGAGGAUCGCCGCAUGUCCUAUAUUCCUCCCCCACCUCCUCCACCUCCUCCCCCCUCUUCCCUCUCAAAGUUCUCGGGUAUGGAUCCGUACAACCGCCGCCCCCCGCCACCUCCAGUGCCAUCCGCUUCCGCCGCGGCUUACUAUGCGAGAGAGCACAACCCAAUCAGCCGAGUACCCAUCUCCUCGGCCGGCUACACCUAUGAGCGAAAACGGCUGUCGCCCGUGUCUGCGGCCAGGGGCCCGUACCCUGUGCCUCGGCCCAAGGAGCACUAUGUGUCACGCUAUGCGCCUUACUAAAGCUCCGAGUUUGUAGGAACUACCAGACUUUUCCAAGGCAGUCGUUUUGUCAAGCUUCCUGACUCAUCAGUCUGCGUCGUUUUGGGGAAAUUCAGAAUGGAAAUUGUACCAACACCCGUGGUACCCCGAGUGCCGUUUUUUGUUGCAGAUUGUCAGCACAGCUACAUUCAUA